UGAAGGGUUACGACACAUAUAUAACGCGAUCUAACCCAAAAACCUUUAUUAAAUAGAGGGGUAGAUGUGAUGGCAACACUUGUGAGCUCUUCUUGCGCUAAGUGGGGGGAUUAUAUAAUUUAUAUAAAUUAUUAUUGGUACCCAAUGCCGUUUUGGAUGUUUAUAUGGUAAUAAAUGUACAUUAUGCAUGCACAUUAUGCGAUCAUAUUGUUCUUGUACUUCCUGUCUAUUGUGUGUACUAAUAUAGCUGUACCAAUGGUAAUCCCUAUUGAAGUAUGGUGACCUGUAUAGGCAUCUCAGUCAGUAGACCCAGGCACCUGGGUCUGUCCCGUGACCCACUGGAAGUGUGACCCCCCCACACUCGAUCCCAACAACGUGUAUCCACGAACUUUAAUAAGGAUGAAUCUAUUACACAGUUGUACAUUAUUAAACUGCACCACUGCUUUUGUUAGUCAGUUAAUUUACUCCAAUAUAUGUUGCUAGUGACAAGAGGACCACAAUGCACUUCUUCAGGAAAUGCUAAUUGUAUUUGCACAACGGCCAAGUGCUUUUAGACAUUUGUGUGUUGAAAACUCGAACACUUUCAGAUGAUAAAGGUACUGUGCACUAAAAUUGAAUGGAUGAUUGUAUGUAUAGUGAUAUUAGUAAAUACAAUCUCCCUGUGUUCCUCGAUGAAAAAUUGUGUGAUCCUCUGCUGCAACUUUGUGUUCUCAUAAACGCAAUCACGUUUCAAAUUAUACAGGUACAGUGCAGUAUAAUUGAAUGGAUUAUUGUGAGUAAACUGAUAUUAGUGAAUACCACGUAUAUAUCAAAUGUAUGACACAGCAUUAAACAAUGACCAGCUUUGCUCAUGAACGUGUGCUCUGGUCAUGUCCAUCCGCAUUGUGAGUGUCCAUAAUUCACCACGUGAUUGACCCUGUGGUUCAUGUGGGCUCAGUGAGUCAGCGCUGGUUCUUCUCCCGUCCACCUGGGUUUAGGCUCAGUAACAACGGCAUCGGAGACAGCGGCCUCCGACUUUUGGCUGAUGGGAUGUUUGGGAGAGAAGGGAGUUUGGAGGCGCUACACCUGUAUCAUUGUUCACUGACGGACAAGUCGGGUUCCUAUCUCAGUGUUAUCCUCAAGGCCAACACAGGUUUGAAGAUUCUCAGGCUGAGUGACAACAAGAUCAGAGCCAGCGGACUCAAAUGUUUGGCGGACGAGAUGUUCGGAAUAGCAGGGAGUUUGGAGACGUUAGAUCUGCAGUACUGCUCACUGAUGGACAAAUCGAUCCUAUCUCUUCAUGACAUUAUGAUCACCAACAAAUCAUUGAGGGAGCUCUGGGUGGAUGGCAAUGACUUCAGUGAGGAAGUGAAGCAGGAGCUGAGGAGCAACUGGACUCACAGAGUAAACCUGCGUUUGUAGAUUUAAGCUGAGAGGCGAUGCUGACCCAGCAGCAGACGGAGCUGCCCCAUGAGCGAAUCGCACACCAGCCUGUAGCAUUUCACCUCCACAGCUCCGAUCGCCGGCACCGGCUCUGAUACAAUGAGCGGGGAACUCUUUGUGAGCUCCACACGGAGCCGGAGGUGAAUGCGGCUCCAAGAUUCUGAUGAGCGUGGUGAUUACGAUGAUGUUGAAGUGUAUUUAUGAAUGUGUUGUGGAAGGAAGCGAUGUUGGGGGUUGUGGGGGAGUGGUGCUGGGGGGCAUGCGGAGGACAUGCGGGGGAAGGGGAUGCAAGUGGAUUUGAAAUGGUCUGGCACUGAGUAGGAAUGUUUUUUAAUGAAUGUGCAUACAUUUGUGCAUGAGUGUUUACCACACUCAUGCACGUGAGUGUGUACCACUCUCAUGCACAUAUCCUAGUCUCAACAGUCACCCUAUAUCUGUUUAAUAUUCAUGUAUUUUAACUUUCAACUGCGCAUUGAUCGGUCUAAAAGUAAUCUUCCAAGUCGACUUCAGUUUGAAGGAAUUUAUUAAUAACUAACGGGAAGUACCCAGCGUUGCCCGAGCGAAAAAGACACACACAACCGCUAUUCGCCACUUGGUGGCGGUGACGUCACCACGACGCUUGUGCCAGGCUAUUUGCACCUUGAGGCCUAGUGAAGUGUCGGACGCCCGCAGGCAGGAGGUCACGGGGCAGACCCAGGUGCCACGGGUCGACUGACUGAGACGGCUGAGCUGACUGGCUGAUGCACCACCUGUGCCCCCUACUGUGCCAACUUGCUGUGCUUCAGCCACCCGGUGCUCCACUCGUUAUCGUAAGCGUCGCUCGAUCCACCCUCCGUUGUUGUUGGAGGGCGACUGCCUCCAACUGCCCAGUAGUGUCUUU